CUUUGUACUGUAACAUGUUCUCACUGGUGAAUGAGACAUGAUUUAAUUGGAAUUGAUCCAAGAGCUUCUUGUUUGUGCGCGUUCAUGUGUUUUGGAGGCGUGGCUUUAGACGGCAUUUCGCAAGGAGGGUGGGAUCAUGAUUUCAUUUCUAGCAGGCUAAAGUUAGCAUCUUACCAAAUCGUCUAUUACGCAUUUACGGCCCCCCUGGACCUAUUCUUUAUUCAUUCCGUUGUAUUUUAUCUUUCAUCUUUUAUUUAUCAAAUUUUAUUUCAAGAAGACAGUAGUGAAAGCAAAAACUAUCCGAGAUCUAUCAGUGCUUGAUGGGGUGAUGGGGUUAGGGUUAAAUAUUUUAAGAUUUAAAGACUUUUAGGGAAGUUCUUCCCCCUCUUUCCUGAUGCAGAUGAAUGAAGUAAACAUUGAACAUGACCCUGAAAAAAUGUCAUAUUUGUGUGCCUUUUUACACAACAAAGAAAAUCAUAUCAUGCUUGGAAAUGUAGUUCUAAAAAUGAUAGUUACACCUGCAUUGCUUGUGAAUGCUGUAGUCAGGGUACAAAAACUGUUUCUAAACAUGAAGAGAAUCCUUGGGGGGAAGAAAGAGUAAAACCACAUGGAUUUUGGUAAAACCCUGUUUUUAUAUUAUAGGCAUAGUUCUGUAACAAAAAAGUGUAUUAAUCAGUUUUACAAUUUCAGCAUGCUAAUAAGGCAUCUGAUGAGUGACUCAAAUUCUUAUCUCAAAUCAUUAUAAAUUUGUUUCUCCAAGCUACAUGCAUGUCUGCACAAUGAACUUUAAAGCUUUGCUGAUAGGCGUUGUCAUGGUAAUGUUUUCAUUAUGGGUGAAGGUGUCUGCUGAUCAUGAAUCAUUGUACUGAGAAGAAAACACCACAGUAAUCCUGAAGAAUUUAGUAAUUCUGUAGUUUUGUGCAUAAAAAAUAUUAAGGAAUGAACAGUCAGUUCAAAUUCUCCCAACGUAGUCAACAUUGAAACCAUAAUUAAAUCCAUAAAAGUAAAAAAGUGACUUCGCAAUGAGUCAAACUUCUUGGUCAAACGCAGGGAGGAUGGGCUUGUGAAAUCUUGUAAUGUGUUGAAAUCUCUCUCUGGGGUGGGGCACUUAUAAACACUUCCUAGUCUCUGCAGUACGCGAACUGCGAGUCAUUCGGUUUGACAUGGCGGCUGAAUGGAAACAGAAGUGCGAUUCAGAGUGGGCUUUGGGGGCUCACUGUGUUCCUAUUCCGGAUAGCGUGGAUUGGAAGUCGGUGUAUGAGAAGAAGCCCUUUGAGCGUAACUUGCUCCAGAACCCUUCGCCUUACGGUGUGAGUCACACCACCGCACCACCUGAACCUCUGCUCACGGGAGAACGACCCCCUGCAGGCCAACCACCCAGAUUUGAGCCAGAUGGCGAUUUCUCUGGCUGGAGCACUAGUACGGAGGUUUUGCCUUAUGAUACUAGUGGGAUUCCCCCUGGGGCUGUGAUCUGCCAGUUGCCUCAGUUCAGGUGGUUCUCUUUAGAGCAGCGUGUGGAUCUGAAGGCAAAGGGUCUGUGGGACCAGCUGCUGGAUGAGUUUCAGCCAGAGAUAGGCAUUGAGGACUGGUAUGAGGAAAGUCAGCUUCAUGAAUCUAUUUAUCUGCUCGACGUAAAGCUCUUGGGUGCUGAUGGUAAGACGGUCAUCAAAGAGCACACCUGUAGCCCUGAAGAAGAACUGGAGUCUUAUUCACACACCUGGAAAAAGGUCUCCCAUGUAUUCUCCAACUACGGGCCCGGGGUGAGGUACAUUCACUUCCUCCACAGACUGAAGAACAAGUUCAUGGUUGAAUUGUUUAAUACCAAGGUCACAGACAGCUCAGUUGUGAUCAGAGUCACCAAAUCUGUAUAAAUUAGCGAACUAGAUGGUGCACAGAUAUCUUUAUUGAAAAUAAAAACACUGUUAACUGUU